ACACAGAUGGAGGUGGCUGAGGAAACAUCCCCGCGCAGCCAAGCCCCCAGAGGUCUUGCCCCUCCCCGGCCCUCGGUCGCCCGGUUACCUUCUCGCCUGACUCCGCACCCAAGUCCUUCCCGGGGGCGUCCACCUCAAGUGCCGGGGUCCCCAGUCGCCAGGCUGGGCUGGGGGCUCGCUCGGCCUCCGCGGCGGGCUCCCCUCGCCUCCUCCCCUUCCUGGAGGGGCGGGGGCGCCGAGGGCGGGGUGGGAGGUGCCCGGCGCGGCCGCGGCUCCCCGCCCCUCCCGCCGCUCCGGGUGCGGGCCCGGCCGCGGCUCAGCCAGGCCUCCGGGGUUCGCUCCGGGCCUGUCACUUCCUGCCCGGCCGAGAAGGUGGGGGCCGCAGGCCGGGGGCUGCGGGCCGGGCUAGAGGAGGGGGCUGCGGGGAGGUGCUUCCGGGGCAGCCGGACCCCUCCCCCGUCCCUCCGCCUCCCCUUGGCGCCCUCCGCCCCCUCCCUUCCGCGCGUCCCUCGUUUCCUGCCGGCGCCCGUUGCCAUGGCGACGCAGCUCCCGGGCCUCUGCGCUCCAGGCCCCGGGGUUUUUUCCUCUCUCGCUCUCUUUCUCCUCUUUUUUCCCCCUUUCUUUCUCUCCGAGUUCUGCUCGCCGGUUGGAGGGACGAAACUAAGAAAGUGCUGGCCUCUAGUGGGGAACGCACCUCUCGGAGAAGAGAGGGAGGUGGGAGAAGGGAGGGAAGUGACGUGAGAAGGGGAGAAAGAAGGUAUUUUCUGGAGCUGCUGCGAAUAAGGGGUAGAAAGAAAGGAUCAAAGGCACCAACAGGCAGAGAGGGAGGAAGAGCAAAGCAACAACCCUAGAGAAGCGAUAGACUGGGAAAGGAAAUGAAGCAAAGGAAAGGAAAACUUUGAGAAUGAGAGAAAGGAGAGAGAAGGUUGAUUGUUUAAUCCCUCACCUCAACUCCAAGAAGGCGGGAAAGAAUGCUGCAGAAACAGCGAACCCAUUAGGAGUUGACUUCAUUUUCAAAGCAGCAACCUAAUAUAACUUCCUUUGGAUAGCAUUUAAGUUUGUCAUUUUAGGGAUUUGUGUGUGCUUCGAUUUAAAUAUAUACAUAAGAGUUCGAAUGACAAAAACGGGAAAAGGCCAGAGUAUAAAGAGAUGUAGAACAAUGGGGCUGUUUCUGGGAACACUAAACAUUUGAUGGGGGAGCCUUUGUCAUUGUAUUUAUGAUAUCAAUUUACCGGUUUUUAAUUAUUCUCUCAGUCCUUCAACAUUCAAUAAGUAUUUAUAGAGCGCCCACUAUGUGCUAAACCAUGGAAGCUUGGAUUGCAUCAGUGCACAAAACAAAACUGCCUUACUGCCUUCAUUAACCUUUACAGAGGGGCUGGAGGAUGCCUCGUGGAUUAACAACUGGGAUUGAUGCUUCUUCUCUUGCUAUCAGUCUUUUCCUAACCUCUGUCCUAGCCGUUAUUUUCUCCUGUCAAUCCACCCUUUUUCACGCCUUUAAAAGCCCAUGUAUGGUUUGUUUUUAAAGGAAAAAACAAAAGUAUUAUCUUUGCUUAUAAAUUAUGUCCAUUUAGAUUUUGCUUUGAGAGAGGAGUACUUGGACUCCAAGCUCUUAAUUUGUGGCAGCCAGAUUUAAAUCAGCGAACGAUCUCUGCCAGGCUUCUAGGAACUAAUCAGACAAGUACGUGCGGGAAGAAAUCGGAGGGCAGCCAAAGGACUGGAAAAGAGAAGACACGGGGUUAGAGGAGGUGAAAGGGUGUGUUGCCAGGCUGUGUGAUGACAGGCAUUGGCUGAGGAUGAAUUGAAAAGAUUCCGACUGGGAGAACUAGUGCUGAAAACGAGAAUGGUUCUUCUGAAUGGAGGCUACAUAAUUUCUUUACUCUGCAUAACACUGAGGGCCAUUAACCUAAACGGGUGAGAAGGAAAAGCAUUUAGUCUGGUGUAUAGAAAUUGAAGCCCUCCUGCAAACUUCUCUAAAUAAAGAAGGAUCCUGAUUUUAAAGGAUGUUUGGCAGCAACUAAAGCAAACAGACUAGAAGGUAAGCUAAUAAAACUCAUAUCAACUGAGCAUUGCUUACGCAUUCCUCAAGCUUCUGUAAACCCAGCAUUCUGCAAUAAAUUGUGAAGGAAGAGAUGUCCUUUACCCAAAGGUGUUAGCAUCAUUGGCAUGUGUCUCUAACUACAAAUCAUCAAGUAAGAAUGUGUGACCGUGUUUUCAUGCAAAUAUGAAUAGGAAGACGUAGAAAAAAAAAAGAAAAUCAUGACCUUACUCUGCCCACCAUCAGCUGUCGCUGUGAACCACCAUACACAUCCCACCCGUAUCUCACUGUAAUUCUGCAUGCCACUUUAAGGUCUAGUUGGGAGAAAAUGAAGAUUGAGUGGAUUUAUGGGCUCUUAGAUAUUUAAAGCAAAAAGGCAAAAAAAAAAAAACUUUAAAACUAAGCCCCUCAGGUGGGGCACGGUGGCUCACACCUGUAAUCCCAACACUUUGGGAGCCCAAGGCAGGUGGAUCACCUGAGGUCAGGAGUUCGAGACCAACCUGACCAAUAUAGAGAAACCCUGUCUCUACAAAAAAUACAAAAUUAGUUGGGCGUGGUGGCGUAUGCCUGUGAUCCCAGCUACUCGGGAGGCUGAGGCAGGAGAAUCACUUGAACCCGGGAGGUGGAGGUUGUGGUGAACUGAGAUUGCACCAUUGUACUCCAGCCUGGGCAACAAGAGCAAAACUCCAUCUAAACAAACAAACAAACAAAAAAAUGAAGCCCCUCAAUUUUCAGUGAAGAGAAUUGAAGUCUAUGAAGUCUAAAUGAUAAAUGUAGAAGAGGGAUAUUUCAUAAUCCCUAGCAAAUAGAAGAUGUCCAAUAAAUAUUAAUUAAUUUCCUAGAUUCUUGCCCUUCUUUCAUAGAAAAGAAGAUGAAAUUAAAAGAUAUAAAGAUACCUCUCAUCCGUUGCUACUAAUACCUUCCAUAGUUCCCUUCUUCAAGCAGAAGUUUAAAAUUAACAUACUAAUUGGUCAGCCUGAUAGUCCAACCAUCAUUACCCACAAAAGAUAUAGAUGUACCGCCACAUCCUUAAGGAGCAUAAGACUAACUAACAAUGUUAUUCAUGCUUCAUCAGUUUAGAUAGUUAUAAUGAUGGCAAACUGUGCACCUUCCCUUAACUUUGGUUUGCUUUCAGUAAAACAGGGCUAACAGUUGGUGGUUGGUGUAAAUAAGUGAGAUAGGUGGUGUAAAGCACUUCACAUGGGACCUGAUGCAUAGCACAAGCUAUUAUUAAUUUUCCUUAGUAACUAAUGUAUUUUUGUCAUUACCAAAUAUGACUAAACUACCCUUUAUGUUUUAUUCAGCUUACAUCACAAUCUUAUUAACUCACAAUUUAGUUGAGUUAUGCAUUAAUUAGUUCAUGAACUUAAUAUUAUUUUAUAUGAAAAAGAGUAUUCCCAGCUGGGCAGGGCAGCUCAUGCCUGUAAUCCAAGCACUUUGGGGGGCUGAGGCAGGUGGAUCACUUGAGGUAAAGAGUUCGAGACCAGCGUGCCUAACAUGGUGAAACCCCGUCUCUACAAAAGUACAAAAAAAGUAAGGCCGGGCGCGGUGGCUCAAGCCUGUAAUCCCAGCACUUUGGGAGGCUGAGGCGGGUGGAUCACGAGGUCAAGAGAUCGAGACCAUCCUGGUCAAUAAGGUGAAACCCCGUCUCUACUAAAAAUACAAAAAAUCAGCUGGGCAUGAUGGUGCACGCCUGUAGUCCCAGCCACUCGGGAG